AUGAAAAGGCGAAGAUCUGUAUCGUUCCCUAUUCUAGCAGUUUUGGUACUAAUGGAAAUGGUCUAUUAUGGUAUGGUUUUUGUAUUUCUUGAUGAUUGGUUAGGGUUACAGAGCCCAACAGGUUGGAUAAACACCGUGAUCUUCACUUCGUUGGCAUCGUUCACUCUUUUCUCGUUUUUCGUCUCCGUUCUCAUUGAUCCUGGUGGUAUCCCAUCUGGGUAUUUCCCUGAUAUUGUGGACAAUGAUGACUCAGAUCAAGAAUCAAGAGACACUGUAAGAUUCACGUUUUAUUCAUAUCCCUUCGAAUUUUUCAUACAUAUUUUGAUCAGACCCAUAUCAGUUCUCUCUUUAGAACAACUUAUGUUAAUUGAAUUUGGUGAUUAUUUGUGUUUAAAUUGA